CGUGCCUGUCUACAGUACAGUAUGUGUGUAUAGGAGCUGUUGUAAGGUGGCGCGCGCCGAAGCCGAGAGCGCAUCGGAGUGCAGGAGAGGAUUCGUCCGUCCGUGACCGCGCGCGCUACGGUGGGAUUUUGCGCUACGUGGGAUUUGAGGAUUAAAGGGAACAAAGAGCGGUUUUGGUACACAGAAAACGAAAGAGAGAGAGAGAUAGAUAGAGAUAGAGAGCGGGACACCACGCACGGAGAGAGUUACGGUCUCCGUUAGAUGGAGAUCUGAUCAGAUCGGUUUGGAUGGCACGAGACAAACACCAGGUCAGUUCAGAAGUUAAUGCAUGUCCAUGCAUUUCCAUAGUGAGCAUGCCAGGCAACCAGGAUUAGGACAAUAACCAUUUUUGAACUGAUCUCUCCGGAUCUCCAGAGCUGAACUUUCCACACUGACCAUGCAAAGUUUGCAGUGUGUGGGUCCACUCUCUCAUUUCUUUACAAGCUGCAUUUCAGAGCACAAAAAUCCCUGGACAGAUAAAGCAGGUGACUUCGCAUUUAUCUCCAUCCAGGAUUCCACAUUCUUCAUCACAGCAUCAGGACCUUCAACACAGACUGUGUGUCCAGCAACAUGAAAGCAUCACGUCAGAACCUCCAUAAGUGGGAUUAAGUGGAGGAGGUCUUAGCGGGAUAAAAAAGCGAGGAGAUGUAAUAAAAGCGAUGCAGUACCGGAGCAGUAAAACGCGGUCGUCGGUUCCCUCCUGAAUUCUCUGCUGAGUGUGACAUGCUGCUGUGAAGAGAAUGCGCUUCCCUCUGAAGAAAAUACGCAAGCAGUUCAAGCUCCUCCUGCUCCUCGUGCUUCUCACGUUCGCCAUUGGCUUCACCUACCUGCACGUCAUCCAGGGCAGGGCCAUCAAACUCCACUCCAGCUAUGGCAAAGAUAUGGAGAGGCAAACAGAAGGCUUGGGUUCUGGCCAGAAGAAGCCGCCUCACUCCUCCUCAAGUCACCCAGACGACUCAAGUGACAGCGCAGACGAGUGGAAACACGGAAAUGAACUCGGUGAAACCGAACAGGAAAGAUAUGGCAAGCCAGAGAUCCAAAAACUUCUCAGCCAGAAGCUCCUCAAGUUGCCAUGGAAACCAGAGUAUAAAGGCCAGGCCAACCUGCACGUGUUUGAAGACUGGUGCGGAUCAUCAGUUUCUCAGCUCAGGAAGAACCUGCACUUCCCUUUGUACCCACAUACCAGAACUACGGUUAAGAAACUGGCUGUGGUUCCGAAGUGGAAGAAUUACGGCCUUCGGAUCUUUGGCUUUAUUCAUCCGUAUAAAGACGGAGAUUUCCAGUUUGCCAUAUCCUCUGAUGAUAACUCUGAGCUGUGGCUGAGUUCGGAUGAGAAGCCCCUCAAUGCCAGACUCUUGGUGUACGUGGGGCAGCACGGCUCCGAGUGGACGGCUCCGGGUGAAUUCAGCAAGUUCAGGUCACAGACCUCGAAAUCUAUACACUUGAUGGCCUCUAGGCGCUACUACUUUGAAAUUUUACAUAAGCAGGAUGACAAGGGCUCAGACCAUGUGGAGGUCGGGUGGAGACCCUUUUUGCCUGGCUUGAAGUAUGAUGUCAUCGACUCGGCGUACAUCUCUCUGUACACUGAUGAGUCCAGCCUGAAGAUGAACAGUGUGAAACACAUCCCGCAGACCUUGGCCAGCCACACACACACUCUGCAGGAAGUCCACGGUUCACACACCCAUGCUGCAGACAUGCUCAGACCAGACCCACGUGACACGUUCUACAAGAUCCCUAUGAUGGAUCAGUCCAGGCUGGAGAAGGUGCUGCCAUCUUGUGUUUACUCCCCGACCUACGUAGUGAGAGAUUUCCCCAUUGCACGCUACCAAGGCCUGCAGUUUGUCUACCUGUCCUACGUGUAUCCAAACGACUUCACCAGACUCACUCACAUGGAAAGAGAGAACAAAUGCUUCUACAGGGAAUCUCCGGUGUACCUGGAAAAGUUUGGCUUCUAUAAAUACAUGAAGAUGGAUGAAGAGGAUGACGACACGCCUCUUUUCUUUCCGAAUCCUGACGAUUUCCUCGAAGAAGAAGAGGGUGUAGAUCUAGAAGAAGACUCAAUCAACUCUAACCACCAUCCAGUCAGGAGAACAAGUAACACCAGCAUGUCUGAUCAGCUCUCGAGUGCUUCACUUAGCACGAUUUCCAGUAAAGACCAAACAGGCCAAGACUCGAAAGGUCAUGUGUUAACCCAGGAGCGAGUAUACCCGCAAUUUAAAAUGAAACGAACCAGAAGGAGGGAUAAAGGUGAAGACCAUGGGAGGGGUGAAGGCCACCGUAAAAAUGCUCCACAGGAAGAGGAACAGAGAAGAUUAGAGAAAAAGAGGCAGCCAAGGCAGCAGAGGAACAGAAUCGAGGCAGACCAUGAGACUCCCCCGGACCUUAAAGAGAGUACCGAAGAAGGAGAAGAUGCCAAUAUACGAAUCCAUGCACGGCGUUCUUUAAAGUGGCUUCAGCUGAGCCCUGUGCAGCAAAGCAACAAGAUCACUCCUUUAAGGCUGAAGAAUUCCCAACGUUCCUCGCUGUACACUUUGGCGAGUCGUAUUAUGAGCAAUCAGGCACAUCUAGAGAUUUCGAAGUCGAGCAAACUCAAGAUCAAUAAACCACACCCACUCAAAAGUACACCGAAGCCACCGGUGGAGAUCUUCCCUGGGGUCUUUUUGUACCAAACCGCAAGUGGGAAAAAGCUUGUGGAUUUCAGUUCAAGGUGGAAAUUCAUAAAAAGGCAUGCUUCGUGGCCAAAGCUGGACCAUAAAUCACUCUUACAGCAACUAAAGCGCAGCUCUUUGCUCUCACCUACUGAACAACAAGUAAAGGAUUUUCCAUCAUUUUCCAUAACAGACCUGCUUCCAUCAAGCUCCAACUUUACAGAGUCUGAAAAAGGGCAGCUUGUGGAGAUCAGGAGCACCAAAGCUUCGGAAAUGGUGGAGGAAUCGCAGCAGACGGACGUGGCUGAUCUUAAAGACGGAGGCACAUCUGAAUACAGCUACGAGGAUGACGAGCCUCGACCCGGCUGGACCGAGGAGGCCAUCAACUGGCAGCGCACUUUCAGCGUCAAUCCGGUGGACUUCGAGCUGCUCAGGUCUGACUGGAAUGACCUAAGGUGCAACGUGUCUGGAAAUCUGCAGCUGGCUGAGAGCGAGGUUCUGGAGGUAAUCUCGCAGUAUGUUGAACGGAUAAACAGGUACAAUGGAGGGAUCUACUCCCUCCGCUGUAUUGUGAAUGUCGAGAAGCGCAGAGAUCCAGCACGGGGAAGCCGUUAUCUGGUGGAGCUGGAGCUGAUGGAAGCCGGGGAAAGAGUGGUGCGCUUGUCUGAGUACAUCUACUUCCUUCACCAACGCAGCCGCCAUGAAGAAAUCGUGGAGAGCAGGGAAGUCGUUACUCCUUCUUCCCCUGCUGUGCCCUCUAAAUCGCCAACCGGGAGCAGCUCCAGCGCACAGUCAAGGUCUUCCACGUCCUGGAGGGGCCACUGGCCAAAGCCGCUGCUCUGCCUUCCUAUAAUGCUACAGUGGAGGCAUGACGUCAUGGUGCACAUCGUGGUGCCAGUGAAGAACCAGGCACGCUGGGUUCAGCAGUUCAUCUCUGACAUGGAACUCUUGCACCGAGAGACCAAAGAUGACAAUUUUAGCAUCAUCAUCGUAGAUUUUGAGAGUGAAGACAUGGAUGUGGAGCAGGCCUUGAGGGAGAGCACAGUGCCCAGGUAUGAAUAUCUAAGACGUGAAGGAAACUUUGAGAGAUCUUCUGGACUUCAGAUGGGGGUGGACACUAUAGCAUCCUAUUUUGGAUCACAUCUUCCUCAGGAUAGCCACAGCAUCGUAUUUCUGUGUGAUCUGCAUAUUCACUUUCCAAUGGGCAUCCUGGAGAGCAUCAGGAAGCACUGUGUGGAAGGCAGACUCGCCUUUGCCCCUAUCGUCAUGAGGCUGGACUGUGGGAGCUCACCGUUGGAGCCAGACGGCUACUGGGAGGUCAAUGGCUUUGGCCUGUUUGGGAUUUAUAAAUCUGAUUUUGACAAGAUUGGUGGAAUGAACACUGAGGAGUUCAAGGACCGCUGGGGAGGAGAGGACUGGGAGUUCUUAGACAGGGUUCUUCAGAACGGUUUAGAGGUCGAGAGACUGAGACUUCGAAACUUUUACCACUACUACCACUCCAAACGGGGCAUGUGGAACACUCCUCUAAAGAAACCGAGUCAAGGCUAGUCAGCUGGAUGCUAUGGUCAAUCAGACGGAGCAGGUUUAAUCAUUCAAGCUUUCCAGGAGCUGCUUGAAGAGAUCCAAAGCACAGCCAGCCUUAAACACACUGGGUCACUUAACACAGAUGUCACAUGGUGGAGCUCAGAGUGUGGAGGUCUGGACCGAUUAACGACUGUGCACUUUUAUAGAUUUGGGAGGAUGACAGUAAAAUGUGCCAGUAAAAGCACAUGGCAGAGCCGACUCGAGUUCUGCACAUUCUGAACAUUAUUUGUGUUGGGAGAAGUGCAGGUGCUCAGGUAUUAUAAUGUUCAUUAUUACUGGCUUGAUGUGUUCAAUCAUUUUGGGGGAUUUUGGUGCUUUAUUAACAGAAAACUGUAUUUUAUUUAAAAAUGGUGUCAAAAAAAUGGCAUCCAGUUCAUUCCUCUCCCUCCCUCCCUCCCUCGUUCUCCCUCCCUCCCUCUCUUCUUCCCUCCCUCAUUCUCCCUCCCUCCCUCCCUCGUUCAGUUUUCAGGUGCUUUAUUGCCCUGACAAAUAAUUGUACAUUUGUAUCUCUCUCUCUGUCUCUCUCUCUCUCUCUCAUUUUAUUUUACGGGUGAUUUAUUGACAUGACAAAUAAUUUAACAUGUGUAUCUUUCCUUCCCCAUUCAUGCUCUCUCUCACUCUCUCUUUCAUUCUCUCUCAUGCAUUCCCCCUCUCUUUUCCCUCUCUCUCACUCUCUUUCUCCUACUCCCCCAUCCUCUAUGUUUCUCUCACACAUUUUCAUUUUCUCCUCACUCUUUUUAGUAUUGCCAAGACAAAUAAUGUUUGUAUUUGCAUACAUUUGCAUCGCUCUCUCUCUCUCUCUCUCUCUCUCUCUCUCUCUCUCUCUCUCUAUAUAUAUAUAUAUAUAUAUAUAUAUAUAAAUAUAUAUAUAAAUCUUUCUCAAUUUCUUUUCAAUGUGAUUUAUUUACAUGACAAAAGCAAAUAUUUAAGCAUGUAUUUCUCUUUUCCCCACUCUCUCUAUGUUAUUCAUUCUCUCUCUCUCUCUCUCUCUC